GGUACUAUUACAAAUAAGUAAUCAACGUAUACCUACUUUUGCGCGUAAUUUUGUGUUUUGUCUACAUUUUAAGUUACCGCCUACGUAGUUACAGUUUGGUGCUUGAUUACCCCGGAAAUUGUUGUUUUCAGUAUGUGGUGAAACCUAAAGAAAAUGUUACACAACCAAAAAUUAAGUUAAGAAAAAUCACCAUUGUAACGAAAAGACUGCUUUGUAUUAUAAUAGAAAAAGACUACAUUUAUGGAAGGUCCUGAAUUGAGGAGAAACUCGAAGAGGAGAUCCAAACUUAAAUUUUCAUCGUUCACCUCAUAUUUUAGAUCGAGUAAGACGGGAAAUGACUUAAUAUCCUCCCCGACUAAUUUUGAAAAAAUGGACUUAUUCCCGGAUAACAUUUCUCCAGUGGUUGAUAUCCAAGAAUGUCCAUUCGAUGUUACAGGAUACGGAAUGCUGAUCAUGAAAGACAAGUUUAAACUUAAGAAACCAAUGAAGAGGAAAAAUGUUUUGGUUUUUAUGUUUGAGAGAAUUAUUAUCAUAACAGCAGAAGAACAGCCCGACACAUAUUACUAUUUAGGCAGCAUCAAAAUGUGUGAUUUGGGUAUGUCCACGUCUCCCAAAAUGAAUAGAAUUUUGUUGAAUGAUUUUAAUAAAAAUAAACACAGACAAUCCCACUUAAAUAUAGAGUAUAACCUUAAAACUAAGGAUGAAGACAUUGCUCAUAAAUGGAGAUAUGCCAUUCAAAAAUGUUUAUGGAAAGAAUUGCUAACGGCUAGAGGUGCCACGUCGAUACUUUCCACAACUGUAAAAAUACUGAAAGAAAUAUGAGAACGAAAUUAAAGAAAAAAUAAGAUUAAUUAACGGAUGACUGAGGCAAGGAUAAUGUACAUGUUUUUACAUGAGUAGUGGCCGAACAUAGCCGUAGACAGAAGACAGGUGAACUGUAAAAAACACAGGUUUUGUAGACUCCUUGGUUAAAAUUAACAAAGAAAAUGUUUCUUUAAUACUGUUUCUCAGUGCAAUUAGCUUUCCUGCAUAAGAUGUCAUCACCAUCAUCAGGGCUUUUCAUUACGGGUGGAAUGUUUGCCGCUCUUACUUAGAGCUCUCUGAUUCGCUUAUUGCGGUGAAUCACUCCGCAUUCCACUUGUAUGUUGUCAAAGUUUGUUGUAUGACUUGUCUUUCGUUACAAUUUUCUUCCACUGAUUUCGAUAUGUGCAUAGUUCCCUCCAGUUUCUCACUUUCAGAAUUUGGAUAUCUCUCCCAUCUCUCUCUGGGUCUUCCCCUUGGUCUUUCAGUUGCUGGUUUCCAUCUGGUGAUCUUCUUAAUCAGUAGGUCGUUUUUCCUUCUCUCUAUGUGUCCCAGCCAUCUCAGCCUCUGUGUUUUAAUAAAUCUAACUAUAUCUUCUCCCUUCAUUAUGUCUCUUAAUUCAUGGUUCAUUCUUCUUCUCAUUUCUCCGUUGUCCAUUCUUAUCGGGCCCAUAAUCCGUCUGAGGAUUUUCCUUUCGAAAAUUCUCAAUUUUUCUUCAUCUUUUUCCGUGAGGCACAUUGUCUCAGCUGCGUACGUAACUACUGGUCUGAUUGCAACUCUGUAUAUUUUCAGUUUUGUAUUUCUGGAUAAGUUCUUGUCCUUCAUAAGCCUAUGAUAUCUCCAGUGUGUUUUGUUGCCUGCUAGUAUUCGUUCUGUUACUUCUUCACUUCUCUUGUUUUGGCCAUUCACUAUUACUCCCAAAUAUUUAAAUUGUUGGACUCUUUCAAAAGUGUAGUGUUCUAUUUUGAUUUCUCUCGUCUUGUUAUCUUCUCUUCUAGAGCAGAGUAGAUAUUUUGUUUUUCCUUCGUUAAUUUCUAUACCUCUUUUCCAUGCUUCUUUUGCCAGGAUUGUUACUGGUUCUUUUAAUCUUUCCUUGUCUCUUCCCAUCAUCAUCAUCAUAUAACGGGGGUCCUACGGCGAUUGCCGCUUCCCGCAUUUCAGCCUCCAUCUUUUCCUAUCUCCCCAAUCUCCCUCUUCUAAGCCUCUAGAUUGCAUUGUUUUUAUAAUUUCUCUUCUCCAGGAAUUUGGUGGUCUUCCCCUUUUCCUUCUUUCUGGCGGAACAUACAUUAAGGCUUUCUUUGGCCACCGCUCCUCCUCCAUUCUCAUCACGUGACCAUACCAUUGUAAUUGCCUUCCCAUAAGAACUAUAUCAUCUGCAUAUGCAACUAUUUGUGUUGUGGAGUGAGCUAUAGUUCCUUUAAUUUUGCUGGCCUUGAUUGUUCCUUCUAGUGCUAUGUUGAAUAAUGUAUUUUGACAGGACAAUCGUAUGGGCAUUUAAAGUUGACUGUCGUGGUAUAAACUAAUUAACGUAUCUCAGUAACAAAUUAAGCGAUAUAGGACUACUAUGGCUCAUUUGAUUCGUAAUUUUAUAGGCUUGAAUGUAAUAUAUUUGAAAUAAAAAAAGGAAAUUUUGCAAU